UGCUACUGGGCCUACAUUCACCCUCCUUCUCCAGGGGGGCAUCCUGCUCUCUAUAAACACCAUGGACUUCGCUCCCACAUUCUCUUUCCCAGGCUCUUACAUUCUCCUCAAGUAUUUACGUUCUUCAUUGCUGUUUUGUCACCUCUACGUUCUUUGCCAGGCCGGAAACAUUUGGCGGCUCUCAGCACCUUGUUUUGGGAAUUUGUUAUCAUUCUUUACAGCAAAUCCUUGGUCCGCUCCAUGGCUACUGACUGGCAACCUGAGUGCAUGGUACCCCCAAGCCAAACAGCUCUGGAGAGCGUAGGGGCCCAUUCGGAUAGGGCUCUCCAGAAUACGUCUGGCAACGUGCAGUCAUAUUCAGACAAUUUAGCACACGCUGAGAUCGCAGGACGUGAUGACCAUAUUCAGCACUUUACUUUCAAAUACCCUCAUCCUCCUGUCCCAACCCAUCCUCUACCAAGCACUAGCCUCUACCAACCCCAGAUACUAAACCACCGGUAUCAAAUAAAGAAGUUGAGACGCUUGCAAUCCACUGGCCCGGCUUUUGCCGGUGCUCGCAGGACGCGAAGCUAUUUGAAAUCGCAAAAGUAUCUGGAGUAUCGGGCUCGGCCACGUCGAGACACUGGCAAGGAUGGGGAGCCAGUGUGGUCGGAUGAGUUGGAAGACGCCUUUCAGCAGGGUGAGUAACUGCAUCGGCCUUUUUUCUUCUGAAGAUGAGUUUUUAAUGACAAAUUGUGCAGCUCUUGAGGCCAAUCCGCCUAUGGGUAGGAGAAAAUGGUCUGAACGUGGGAAGUCAUAUGGUCGGAAUGAGUUGAUUGCGGAGUAUAUUUUCAAAGAAACUGGCAAGCGCAGGACGAGGAAACAAGUUU